AUGGUUUCUCAAGCGCCAAGUAAGGAUUCUAGCUUGAACAAAAAUGAAUGUAAGGAGCUUAAAGUUUCAAAACCUCAAACCAAGCCCUCGAAGAAAAUGAAAUUUGUUUCAUCUGCUGAGACUGAACCAGGUAGCACGACAACAUUUUCUAAGGAGCCCAAGUCUAGUCGUGGUAUAAACACAAUACCCCGUGUUGUGAAGAAAAAAUUGCAGAAAAUCAAGCCAGUUAUUGAGUACAACAAAAGGGGGAAACGAUAUGGCCCUGCACAUACUGAGAUGCAGUCCUACAUUGGUGUGCUAGCACGGUCCAGAGUCCCAAUUGUGGACAAUAAAUGGACAGAAAUCCCCAAGGAUAUAAAAGAGCAUAUUUGGGAAGCCGUUGACAUGGCUUAUGUGGUAGGGCAAGGGGCACAGAGGAGAGAGAAAUGCAAGUACAAUCAUCCAUUGUCUCGAAAAGGAUAUGUUGGUUUGGAAGAUGAUUUUGAAGAAAGCAUGGCAGGGGUAGAAAUUGAUCGAUCUACCUUGUGGAAGAAAGCUAGAGAAGACAAACACGGUAACAUCCCCGAUCCAAAGGUUGCGGAGAAAGAAAAAUUAAUUGAUGAAUUGCAAAAACAAGUCAGUGAAGGCACUCUUACUGUCUCUGUAAGUAAUGAUGUGUUGACUAUGACUUUGGGUCCCGAGCAUCCAAAGAGAGAUAGAGGUAUUGGGGCUGGGAUUUCCACUAGACAAUACUUCAAUUUACCUAGACAACAGAGGGUAAAGUUUGCCGAUCAAUUAAAGGAAAGUGUAAGAGAUGUCCUUAAUGAAGAGACCUUGAAGAUGGAGGCUAGAACUAAGCAAUUGGUAGAAGCUGAGAGGGAGAAUUUGCUAAAUCAGCUGCGCCAACUAAUUCCAAAUUUUGAUCCAAGCAUGCUGAAACUGACAACUUUCCAAGGUCCUGAGCAAAGUCCCAAAAAUCAAAUGUCGGAUAAAGCAAGCUGCUCUGGGCCUCUGGACGUCAGAGCCCACAAUUUUGAGGAUGAUAAUGCCAAAGAUGGAGAAAAGCAAGAAGAAAUGAAAUCCAAGGAUGCAGAACAGCAAGUUGACAUGGGCUCUGUUUUAUACUGA